AUGGAUUCUGUGCCCCUGUGCGAUGAGUUUCUAACAGAAGGAUGGUACAGCACCCCCUCUUAUCUCAUGCCAACAUCACCGCCUGGACUAGCCACUUGUGGUACUCUUUAUCCAUUCUGGAUGAAAGGAACACUACCUAGUUCUGCUGGAGAAGAGAUAGACGUUGAAAUUUGUGGUGUAAGCCUUUCAUCAAAAUGCCAAACAAGUAUCAACAUUAGAGUGAAGAAAUGUGAUUCCUUCUUUGUUUACAAACUCAAGUCUUUGGAUUAUUGCAGUUCAGCAUAUUGUUUUGAAAAAUAUGACAACUGUGUAAAGGAAACGCCAACUAACCUUCAAGUUGUUUACCAAGGAGUUUCUUACAAGAACGUCUCAAAUGCGAUUGGAACACAAUGGGAUCCUGUUGUAAAGCUCCGCUGUCAGUUCACUCCACUUUCGGAUAACACUCUGUAUUAUCACAUCGAUUGGUACGUGGAUAACACAAGGAUUAUAGAGAACCAGACUGUGGACAACACAACACUGGUUGAUGCUGUACUCACAACAGGGGAUCUUUAUAAUGCUGGAAAGAAAAUCGAGUGCUCGAUACACUGUGUGGUUGGUGCAAAGAAAUCAGUCUUGGAUUCACCAUGUAACAGUACAUCCAGUUCCUUAUUUUUCGCAGGAAUUGAGGUGCUGACACCAGUUCUGGAUAUCUUAAGAAAGGGAGAAACAACGCUUAAAAUAAGACCCACCAUACCUUAUGCAAGACAGACCUUGGCAUUACCAGCACACAAUAUAGAGGAUGCUGGUUAUCUGUCUAUUUCCUUGGAUUUCCCGACAAAUAUAAAGGCCGCUUGUACAACGGCUGGUAAUUCGAAACACUGUGAAAUAAAGAUUCCAAGCUUCAAGUACAGCGAAAGGCAGAAAUACAACGAUCGCAGCCAGUGGUACAAAGAGUACACAAUGACCUUAUAUAAUAGGGAUAACAUAGGCUAUGUCAUUGAUAACAGUGUAUUACUACGUUUAAAGACCAAAGGAGGCGGCGAAAAGGCAGCAAAAGUAUAUGAAGGUGUCCUGCUCACCGACGUCCAAGUGCAAGUGAGACACCACAAAUGCUUCUAUCCCAAUGCACGCUGUAUCUGUGCCUUGGCUGUGAGAUCUGGGAAAGAUGUUUUCGUCUUCGACGCUUGCAAUGGCAGAUACUAUAUAAACUUCCCAAUCUGUGAUGAUAAAUCGCUGAAGGUUGUCAAAGUUACAGAUAGGUCUUAUAAAAUAUUUUUUCCAACUGGAACCUAUGUUACAACAACAUUAUAUUUGAGACGUGACUGGUUUUUACAAACAGAAGUCUACCCUUCGGUGGCGGAUGUUGGAAAAAGUUCAGGUCUCUGUGGCGUUUUAGGAGGUGGUAUCCAGAACGACCUGACAAGGAGAGACGGGACUGUAGACAGCCCAAACACUUUCGGCUAUUAUAAUCCUCCAGAUGAUUUUUCCAUUUCCUGGAGGGUAUCAGCCAGUGAGGAUCUUCUCUCUGCGUUGAUGGAUUUUAAGACACUGAGUUCUUUAUCUCUUAUAAAGACUCAACUUUGCACAUGUAACGAAGAAAAGAAGACAGAGUGCAGUUACCGUAGUUACACAGACUGUGGCACAACAACACGUGGAAAGGAAUACCAGUGUCUACUCCACAGUAGUAGCAACAGGCGAAAGAGACACGCAGAAUACAUGACGUCAUUUAAUCCUGACCCAAUGGAGACUUCAACUUCUCUGAGAGUACGAAGGCAAGCUGCAUACACAGAUGAACAAGUGAUUGCUAUUUGUAACGCAGAGUUUGAUAAUUCAAUCCCAUUUCAAACAUGUAUAGAACAUGUAGCUGAUUUUUCCAAUGAUUCUAUUCAAAACUGCAUUGCAGAUGUGUCUCUUACGGGAAAUCCAAAUCUGACUUCAUUCCAUCUAGAAAGUGCUUUAUCUGAAUGUCAAACUUUCAUAAACCUGAACAACACUCUUCAAAAUGAAAAACCCUCGAUCACUUAUGAAAUAUUGAGUGUUUGUCCUGGCAACUGUAGUGACCAUGGGGAUUGCUCAAAAG